CCCUCAGCAAGGAUGUCCGGACGCAAAGACUUCCUGUCGCAAGCGGCUCCAGAAAACUAUGUCGCUGGUCUCGGGCGUGGUGCGACUGGCUUCACAACACGGUCCGACUUGGGCCCAGCGCGAGAAGGGCCCAGUGAAGAGCAGAUCAAAGCGGCACUCGCCAAACGCGCUGCGGAUGCUGGUAUCGACCCUUCCAGCGCGUACAAGCUCGACAAAAAGCAGGACGAUGCCGAGGACGAAGAGCGCUAUCGGGACGCUGAGAACGAAGAAGGCUUGUUCGCCAGCGGCAAUUAUGAUCGCGAGGACGACGAGGCCGACCGCAUCUACCAAGACGUCGACGACCGCAUGCAGAAGCGCCGGAAGAUAUCAAGGGAAGACCGCGAGCGCCGGGAACGAGAAGAGUACGAAGCGAAGAAUCCGAAAAUCUCACAGCAGUUUGCCGACCUGAAGCGUGCACUGGGCACCGUCAGCGAUGAAGAGUGGCACGAGAUACCCGAAGUGGGAGACUUGACGGGCAAGAAUCGGAGGAGCAAGCAGAAUUUGAAGCAGCGCUUCUACGCCGUUCCCGACAGUGUAUUGGCAGGUCAGAGGGACGCAGGGCAACUAGGCUCUGAGAUUCAAGACGAUGGAAUGGCUACCGAGGCAGAUGGCAGUGGCGGAUCAAGCGAGCAGGUCGAUGGAACCAUGACCAACUUUGCGGACAUCGGAGCUGCGCGAGAUAAGGUCCUGAAGGCACGUCUGGACAAGGCUGCUGGGGCCGAGACCUCUUUUGCAUCAGGGACGAGUACCACUGUCGAUCCGAGAGGCUACAUGACUGCAUUAACCAACUCCCAGCUGAAAGCUGGAGAGAUUCCAGUUGGCGAUAUUCGCCGAGCGCGAAUUCUGCUGGAGUCGGUCAUCAAGACCAAUCCCAGGCACGGUCCGGGGUGGAUUGCGGCCGCACGUCUGGAAGAAUAUGCAGGAAAGAUUGUCGCUGCAAGAAACGUCAUUCGUCGUGGCUGUGAAAUGUGUCCGAAAAGCGAAGAUGUCUGGCUGGAGAGCAUCCGCCUGAACGACAAUGCAAACGCCAAAAUUAUUGCAGCCAAGGCAAUCGAGAACAACGACCGAUCAGUGCGGCUGUGGCUAGAGGCCUCGAGCUUGGAAGCUGUCCCUGCGGCUAAGAAGCGAGUCUUGCGAAAGGCAUUGGAUCAUAUCCCUCAGUCUGUUGCGAUAUGGAAGCAGGCUGUGAAUCUUGAAGAGGAUCCAGCAGACGCGAAGCUAUUGCUUGCCAAAGCUACAGAGAUCAUCCCACUAUCUACUGAGCUGUGGCUUGCACUCGCACGUCUCGAGACGCCUGAGCAGGCACAAGUCGUGCUGAACAAGGCGCGAAAGGCCGUGCCUGCGAGCUUCGAAAUCUGGAUCGCAGCCGCACGUCUCCAGGAACAGACUGGUCAAGAGGCUAUGGUUUACAAGGUCAUGGAGCGGGCGAUUAAAGCGUUGCAGCGCGAAUCUGCCAUGCUGAAACGUGAACAGUGGAUCGAACAAGCAGAAGUGUGCGAGGAAGAAGGGGCACCACUUACCUGUCGUGCCAUCAUCAAAGAGACGAUUGCUUGGAGUCUUGAUGCAGACGACGACCGAAAGCAGAUCUGGCUUGAUGAUGCCAAAUCGUCGACCAACAGAGGCCGAUAUGAGACUGCCAGAGCGAUCUAUGCCAUCACCAGAAAGGAGUUUUACAACCGCAAGAGUGUUUGGAUUGCCGCGGCAGAUCUGGAACGGACUCAUGGAACCAAGGAACAACUCUGGGCCAUACUCGAAGAAUCUGUCAAGUCUAUUCCGAAUUCUUCUGAACUAUGGAUGCAGCUUGCCAGAGAGAAGUGGCUCGCUGGAGACGUUGAAGGUGCUCGCCGUGUGCUCGGUGAAGCUUUCUCGAAGAACCCGGAGAACGAGGACAUCUACCUGGCGGCCGUCAAACUGGAAGCUGAUAACGGGCAAGAAGACCGCGCUCGUCUGCUCCUUGCGCAAGCCCGACAGGAAGCGCGUACCGAUCGCGUCUUCGUUCGCAGUGCUGCAUUCGAACGCCAGACUGGCAAUAGCGACCGCGCACUGGAGCUGGUAAUCGAAGGACUCGACGCGUUUCCUAAGAACGACAAAUUGUGGAUGCUCAAAGGUCAAAUCUACGAAGCUAAAGGAAACCUUCCACAAGCACGCGAGGCCUACCGAAAUGGUGCAGAUCGCUGCCCGAAGUCUGUUCCGUUGUGGUUACUGUGGUCACGGCUAGAAGAGAAAAUGGGCGUCGUCGUCAAAGCACGUUCGGUUCUUGACCGCGCACGGAAGCAAAUUCCUGCCAAUCCUCAAAUUUGGACCGAGUCCGUGCGACUAGAAAUUCGAGCUGCAAAGAGAGCUAAUAACAGCGCAAAUACUUCGACGUCCAACCCGGCUGCGAGCCAGAAGAUGGCACAAGCACUACAGGAAUGUCCCAAAUCUGGUCUCCUAUGGGCAGAACGCAUCUGGAAUCUGGAAGCGAGGACACAACGCAAACCAAGGAUAUUGGAAGCUAUACAAAAAGUUGAAAAUGAUCCUAUCCUAUUUGUGACUGCGGCGCGAAUCUUCUGGUCAGAACGUAAACUGGACAAGGCGGAUACAUGGUUCAAGAAGGCUGUGACACUGGACCCGGACUAUGGUGAUUCGUGGGCUUGGUGGUACAAGUUUCUACUACAGCAUGGGACUGAGGAGAAGGUCAGACAGGUUGUGGAGAGUUGUGUGGAGAAUGAACCGAAGCAUGGCGAGAAGUGGGCUGCGAUCAGAAAAGCACCUGAGAAUGGUGGGAAGACCACAGAAGAGGUGUUGAAAAUGGUUGCGAAAGCAUUGGAAUAGGUAGACGAUGAUACAAGAGCCCGAUGGGGUUGUGUCUCCUCUCUUUGUGUCUUACCUCCUAGGGGGAGGUAGUACAUAUGAGAUACAGGUACCUAUAACCUAGCUAGGACCAGGUACAUAGGUACGUCAAGCUACCUGUGAUAACC